ACAUUUUCAUGUUGUUGUCCCUUUAAAAAGCCUCCAUCCAUGCAGCCUCGACGUUGCAGUGCCGCGCUUUGGCCAGCAGAGGACGCGCCGUUGAACCAACGCGCUUCCCAAAUCCCCCCGCACGGAGUGUGGAGCUUCUCCCAACAAAGUGUCAACACCGUACGGACGCUUUUUUUUUUAUAUACACACCGGAGCGGCGCCUCAAGACCCGGUUCGACCUCCGGGACCUAAAAGGGUGCGCUUUGUCCGGACUUUGCCACUCGAAGGAGGCGAGAGAAGGAGGGAAUCCCAAGGAAAGAAAGGGGAAAACACCCCGGAGGUCUUCCAGCGGUGCGCCGAACAAAGUAACCCGGACAAAGUGUUGGAUGUUUCCGCUUGUUCGGAGGACGUCGUUCGGCGGAAGUAUUUCUCUCCCUUUUCUCCUUUUUUCUUUUCCCCUCCCGCGGAUUUAUGUCACGCCAGCUGAUCCAUGGCGACCUUCUAAGCGUGGAUAUGCGAGGGGAACUUUUGAAGGAUGAAGAGGAGAAAACCGAGUGAUUCGUGUUCGCCCAGAUCUUGACAUGUUUCCGCUCGCAAACUUGUGAAAUCUAUGAGAAGCGAGCGGCCGCGGGUGGACUUUGCGUGAUUGUGUGUGUGUGUGUUUGUGUGUGUGUGUGUGUGUGUGGCGUGUGCGAGCGCCGACAAGCAUGGAGGAGUGGAGACAAUGCGGGCGGUGGCUGAUCGACUGCAAGGUCCUGCCCCAGAACCACCGGGUCGUCUGGCCCUCGGCGGCCGUCUUCGACCUGGCACAGGCGCUGCGUGACGGCGUGCUGCUGUGCCAGAUGUUGCACAACCUCUCCCCCGGAUCUGUGGACCUGAAGGAGAUCAACUUCAGACCGCAGAUGUCACAGUUCCUGUGUUUGAAGAACAUCCGGACAUUCCUCAAGGUAUGCCACGACAAGUUUGGCCUGCGGAACAGUGAGCUGUUUGACCCCUUUGAUCUCUUUGAUGUCAGAGACUUUGGCAAGGUAAUAUCCACUCUGUCGAGGAUCUCCCAUCACAGCAUUGCACAAAUCAAAGGAAUCAGGCCUUUCCCUACGGAGGACACAGCCUUGAACGAGGACGAUGUCUACCGGAGCCUCGAAGAGCUGGCAGAUGAGCACGACCUGGGAGAAGAUGACAUCUACGACUGUGUGCCGUGCGAGGACGACGGCGACGACAUCUACGAGGACAUCAUUAAGGUGGAAGUACGACAACCCAUGAUCCGAUACAUGCAGAAAAUGGGAAUGACGGAAGACGACAAGAGGAAUUGUUGUUUGGUGGAGAUCCAGGAGACCGAGGCCAAGUAUUAUAAAACCCUAGAAGAUAUUGAGAAGAACUACAUGAUCCCGCUGAGACACAUCUUGAGUCCGCAGGACAUGGAGGCGAUCUUCGUUAACCUUGAGGACGUGAUCAAAGUACACUUUGCCCUCCUCCGAGCCAUCGACCUCAACAUGGUCACUGGAGGAAAUGGCCUGGGAAAGAUCUUCCUGGACUUCAAAGAAAGGUUGUUGAUCUAUGGACAGUACUGCAGCCACAUGGAGAACGCGCAGAAAACACUGGAUGAACUAAUAGCAACGCGAGAAGAUGUCAAGAUCAAAGUGGAGGAAUGUACAAUGAAAGUGCAGGAGGGCAAGUUCAAGCUGCAGGAUCUUCUGGUGGUUCCCAUGCAGCGAGUACUCAAGUAUCACCUACUACUGAAGGAACUUCUGAGUCACUCCGCAGACCGACCAGAGAGACAACAACUAAAGGAGGCCCUUGAAGCUAUGCAGGACUUGGCCAUGUACAUCAACGAGGUCAAGCGGGACAACGAGACACUGAAGAAAAUUAGCGAAUUCCAAAGUUCUAUAGAAAAUCUUCAGGUGAAGCUGGUGGAGUACGGGAGGCCAAAGAUAGACGGAGAGCUGAAGGUUUGCUCCAUCGUCAAUCGUACUAAACAGGACCGGUAUAUAUUCCUGUUUGAUAAAGUUGUAAUUGUCUGCAAGAGGAAAGGUUACAGCUACGAGCUCAAAGAGAUUAUCGAACUGCAGUCUUAUAAAAUGUCCGACGAUCCCAUGAACAACAGAGACAUGAAAAAGUCAAGUGGAAAAAUGUGGUCUUAUGGCUUCUACCUGAUCCACCUGCAAGGGAAGCAGGGCUUCCAGUUCUUCUGUAAAACGGAAGAAACAAAAAGGAAAUGGAUGGAACAGUUUGAAAUGGCCAUGUCCAACAUCAAGCCUGAGAGAGCCACGGCCAACCAGCAUAACUUCCAAAUGCACACAUUCGAUAAGAACACCAACUGUCGAGCUUGCAAGAUGCUGCUGAGGGGCAUCUUCUAUCAGGGUUACUUCUGUUCUCGGUGUGGAACAGGAGCACACAAAGAGUGUCUGGAAGUGAUCACCAUCUGCAGGAUCAAUCCUCAUGACUUGGAACCUGGCAUGUCUUCAGGUCCCAAGAUGGUAGCAGUGAGAAACUACCACGGCACACCCACGCCCCCAGGAAAGAUGCCGCUCUCCUUUCAAACAGGAGACUAUAUUGAGCUGCUGAAAGGAGACCCUGACACUUCAUGGUGGGAGGGAAGGUUAAUACAAACACAAAAAAGUGGCUUCUUCCCCAGUUCCUGCGUUAAACCUUACCUAGACCCAAAGCCUUUCCAGUCAUUAUCCAGCCGGCAGUCAUCGAGGGAUGCAGACUACUACGGAUAUCCUUGGUUUGCAGGGAACAUGGAGCGCCAGCAGGCUGACAACCUCUUAAAAUCCCACAGUAGCGGGACCUACCUCAUCAGAGAGAGGACGGCUGAAGCGGAGAGGUUCGCCAUCAGCAUCAAAUUCAAUGACGAAGUCAAACACAUCAAAGUGGUGGAGAAAGACAGCUGGAUCCACAUCACAGAGGCCAAGAAGUUUGAGAGCCUUUUGGAGCUGGUGGAAUAUUAUCAGUCCCAUUCGCUCAAAGAAAGCUUCAAGCUGCUCGAUACCACAUUGCGAUACCCCUACAAAUCAAGGGAACGCUCGCUAACGAGGGCCAGCCCACGCUCGCCGGCCACCUGCGCCUCCUACAACUUCUCCUUCCUCAGUCCACAGGGCCUCAACUUCUCUUCCUCGCCAAGCUCGGCUCCCUUUUGGUCAGUGUUUACUCCUCGCGUGGUCAGCACAGCGGUGGCCAGGUAUAACUUUGCAGCCCGGGACAUGAGAGAACUGUCACUACGGGAAGGAGACGUCGUCAAAAUCUACAGCAAGAUCGGCGGAGACCAGGGCUGGUGGAAGGGCGAGGCGAACGGACGAAUUGGAUGGUUUCCCUCGACCUACGUGGACGAAGAAGGAGUCCAGUAAAGAUGUCAAAACAAAACAAAAAGUCAGGAACCAUCAGUCUGCUGAUUCUCGGAGAAAAACUCCGCACUCUGCAGGAAACAUUUUUUUGUUGAUCCCGGAUCGCGAGCGCCUUUCCCAUUCCUUUUGCUUGUGUUCGACUUUUUUCAAGCACUCCCCCGUUUCGUUCGUGUACAGCCGAGAGGGGAAAACGGGGCUUGCUGUUUGAUCUGCAAAGGCUUAGACAAAAAGAAAAACAGCUUUACGUGGAGGAAAAGGAAAGGAAAAAAAAAAUGUCCUUGCGGACCUCUGCGAGGUGGAAUAAAUGUACAGUAUAGAUAAUUUAUUGAAUAGAUAUUAUUACCAUGACUGUUGUUAUUGUGCGGAUUUUAGCAACGAAAAAAAAAAAAGAAUCUGCAGAGAAACGAAAAUAAGGGAAAAAAAAAAUAAAUAAAGACGGCUGCUCUUUUUUUUUU